AAAAAAAAAAAAAAAAAAUUGGCCACAACUGUUUGGGUUCUAUUCUCUAUAUCCUCGAACGUGCCUUAUUAUGGAUUUUUCCUGCUGCCAGUCUACUGAGAACACCGGUGUCGUGUUAGAUUGUACACAGUGCCGGGGAAAGUUCCACGGCCAAUGUGUGUUAUCAAAUUUCGACAACAAAUCAUUGGAUUCGGAUGCGCUGGCGGCAUGGCUAUGCCCUAAUUGUGUUAGAAAGGAACCAAAAAGAGAUAACACUCCGAUUCGUACUGGAAAUAAUAAUAAUAACUCUCGUCCGUGCAAACCUGAAGCUGCGAAGGUGAAUAAAGGAGUGAAGACUCGGUCUCAGCUUCAAAAACCUGAGGCUUCUGGGACGCAACCUACCGCGACACCUGCUGCCGAUCUUAGAGGUAUCAUACGAGAGGAGCUUACAAAGUUCAGAAGUGAAAUGACGUCAAUGAUUAAUACAGCCAUAACUUCGGCUCUUGCAACCUUCAAACAGGAAGUGGAUGAUCUAAAAGCUAGUAUAAAUAUUAUAUCGGACGACUACGCUAAAUUAAAAUCCAGUAUCCAAAACAUGGAAUCCAAGGCGAAGGUACACGAAAAAAAGAUAUCUGUCUUGGACACUCUACAGCAUCAGACUGAUAUAUUGAUCAAGCAGGACAAUGAAAACCAGCAGUGGUCUCGAAGAUCUAAUAUCGAAAUAUUUGGGAUACCAGAGAGGAAAGAUGAAAAUUUGUUGAGUGUGGUUCAGGACUUGGCUAAUCGUGUGGACUUUCCACUUGAUAUUAAUAGAGAUGUUGAUUUUGUUACUCGUGUAGCUUCUUCCGACAAGGAUAAUAAAAAACCUAAGCCAAUUGUUCUGCGCCUCUUGGCCCGCUACAAAAAGGACGACUUCUUGGCCAAAUUAAAGAAGUUAAAGGGACUAAAGGGAUCUGACAUAGGUUACACAGGUAACAGUGGUCUGAUAUUCUUUAAUGAUCACCUGACUAAAUCCAAUAAGUCCCUUCUCUAUAUGGCCAAAAAACGCGCGAGAGAGUUGAAUUAUAAGUACAUUUAUGUAAAGAACUGCUCCAUUCGCGUCCGUUUUUCUGACACGAGUCCUGUUAUCGUAAUUAAUAGUGAAGUUGAUUUAAACAAGAUCAAGUAGAAGA